AUUUUUUUUUCCCCGUUUUAUCAUAGGAAGGGGCAUGGAGAUUGUUUUUUUAUACAUUUUAAACUUGAAUUAUUUAUUUAUACUUACAAUUCCUAUAAAAUGACAUCUCGAUUAUUGAGCUCGACAAUCAGGAGAAUAGCUAAAAACCCUUUAUCUUCAUUUAUUAAACGUUCAGAAUCAACUGUUCCUUACAGUAGAUCACAGGCUUCAGUGAACGGAUUUCCAACUAUCAUUCAAGAAUAUUCAAAAGCUUCAACUGGAUUAAGUAAAGUUACAACACUUCCAAAUGGUAUUCGUGUUGCUUCAGAAAAUACACCAGGUCAUUUUAGCGCAGUCGGUGUUUAUGUAGACUCUGGUAGUCGUUAUGAAACUGCUGCAACAAGGGGUAUGAGCCACAUUUUGGACAGACUAGCCUUUAAGAGUACGGCUAAUCGUUCGGCCGAUCAAGUUGUAGCAGAAUUAGAAUCGUUAGGAGGAAAUAUUAUGUGUUCUUCAUCUCGAGAAUCAAUAAUGUACCAAUCAGCCAUUUUCUCUCAAGAUCUCAGUCGUGUUUUAUCACUCUUUUCUGAUGUUGUUUUAAGACCUAUAAUUGAUAUAAGUGAGGUAGAGGAGCAACGUCAGACAGCACUUUACGAAAUUGAUGAAAUUUGGUCCAAACCAGAAAUGAUUUUACCGGAGAUUUUGCAUACAGUUGCUUAUAAAGAUAAUACCUUGGGCAACCCACUUUUAUGUCCUCCUGAAAGCUUAAAGUCAAUGACACCUGAAUUAAUUCAGAACUAUCGAAAAACGUGGUAUCGACCUGAACGUAUGGUUAUUGCCGCUUGUGGUGCUGAACAUGAACAGGUGGUUGAUUUGGCUGUUAAAUACUUUGGUGAUGUCCCUAAAUCAACUCAAAGUUUGGAUUCAGUUAUGACUCAUAAAGAAGCACUCAGACAACAACAAGAACAAGCUCAACAACGAAGAGAGUCCGGAAAAUCAUUUGUCAAAUCACUUCUUAAUAGCGCAACAAUGAAUUUUAAUGACCAAGAAAAUAAGGAUACCAGUGCUUUUAAAUUAGCCACACAGCCUGCUAAAUACACAGGAGGAACAAGUUUUAUGGAAACGGGUCCAGAAACACCUUUCACUCAUGUCUAUGUUGCCUUUGAGGGACUUUCGAUUGAUGAUCCUGAUAUUUACGCUCUAACAACACUACAAAUCCUUUUAGGUGGGGGUGGUUCGUUUUCUGCUGGUGGGCCUGGAAAGGGCAUGUACUCUCGUCUCUUUACCAAUGUUCUCAAUCAGCACUACUGGGUUGAGUCCUGUCAAGCUUUUAAUCAUUGUUAUACCGAUUCCGGACUCUUUGGUAUUGCUGGUUCUUGUCCACCAGAAUAUAUCAAUGCUCUAAUUGAAGUUAUUUGUCGUGAAUUAGAUACUGUGGCUCGUGGCGACAUCGAUGCUGUUUCUGAAAUUGAAUUAAGUCGAGCAAAGAAUCAAUUAAAGAGCUCAUUAUUAAUGAAUCUUGAAAGCCGUAUGGUACAAUUAGAGGAUUUAGGACGACAGAUCCAGGUGCAUGGUAAAAAGACAGGAAUUGAUGAGAUGUUAUCCAAUAUUGAUAAAGUAACAAUGAGCGAAUUGAAGCGUGUGGCUGGACGUGUUGUACGCGGGGCAGUGAGUGUUACUAGUGGAGGUACUGGUAAGGCCACAGUUGUAGUUCAAGGCAACCUUCAAAGAUUACGUGAUGUUAAUAAGAUAAUUGACAAUUAUGGAUUGGGUAGUGGAAAUUAAUGUAUAAAAAAAAAUGUUCAUAUUGUAUAGAAGUAAUAAAAAAAAAAAUAAAAUAAAAAAGAAAGUAAUGUGAUAGACUAAUACAU